UGUGCGUCCGCCGUGCACAGCGAAGCGGCUGCGGUUCCCGAGCCCGAGGAGUGCCUGUGAAGAAAACGGGGUAUUUCCCUGAGGCCUAUAUCCUACCUUGAUUGUCUUUUCUUGAAGUAUUAUAAAUCAGGAUGUCUGCACAGUCAGUGGAAGAGGAUUCAAUACUUAUCAUCCCAACUCCAGAUGAAGAGGAAAAAAUUCUGAGAGUGAAGUUGGAGGAGGAUCCUGAUGGCGAAGAGGGGUCAAGUAUCCCCUGGAACCAUCUCCCUGACCCGGAGGUUUUCCGGCAGCGAUUCAGGCAGUUUGGAUACCAGGAUUCACCUGGGCCCCGUGAAGCUGUGAGCCAGCUUCGGGAACUUUGCCGUCUAUGGCUCAGGCCAGAGACACACACAAAAGAACAAAUCUUGGAGCUGGUAGUACUGGAGCAGUUUGUUGCCAUCCUACCCAAGGAGCUACAGACUUGGGUUCGAGAGCAUCGUCCAGAGAAUGGAGAGGAGGCAGUGACGGUGCUGGAGGAUUUAGAGAGUGAACUGGAUGACCCUGGACAGCCGGUUUCUCUUUGACGACGAAAACGGGAAGUGUUAGUAGAGGAGAUGGUAUCUCAAGAAGAAGCUCAGGGAUUACCAAGUUCUGAGCUCGAUGCCGUGGAAAACCAGCUCAAGUGGGCAUCCUGGGAGCUCCAUUCCCUAAGGCACUGUGAUGAUGAUGCUAGGACUGAAAAUGGAGCGCUAGCUCCAAAGCAGGAGAUUCCUUCAGCAGUAGAAUCUCAUGAAGUUCCUGGCACUCUCAAUAUAGGUGUUCCUCAAAUUUUUAAAUAUGGAGAAACCUGUUUCCCCAAGGGCAGGUUUGAAAGAAAGAGAAAUCCCUCCCGAAAGAAACAACAUAUAUGCGAUGAAUAUGGAAAACACUUCAGUCAGGGCUCAGCCCUUAUUCUUCAUCAAAGAAUCCACAGUGGGGAGAAACCCUAUGGAUGUGUUGAGUGUGGGAAAGCAUUCAGCAGGAGUUCCAUCCUUGUGCAACACCAGAGAGUCCAUACUGGAGAAAAACCUUACAAAUGUCUCGAAUGUGGAAAAGCCUUUAGCCAGAAUUCUGGGCUUAUCAAUCAUCAGAGAAUCCAUACUGGGGAGAAACCUUAUGAAUGCGUUCAGUGUGGGAAAUCCUAUAGUCAAAGCUCAAAUCUUUUUAGACAUCAGCGAAGACACAAUGCAGAGAAACUUCUCAAUGUUGUGAAAGUUUAAGAAAUGAAAAAAAAAAAAAUCAGCACUCAGGUCUUUUUCUUCUGAAAUGAAGACAAAAUUAAAAACAU